AUGGCUCCUCUCGAUAACCCAGCUGUGCCCAAGGGCUCCGUUGUCCUCGUCACCGGCGUCAACGGAUUCCUCGGCUCUCACGUUGCCAAGCAGUUCCUCGAGUUCGGCUACAAAGUCCGCGGAACUGUCCGUGACCCAGCAAAGAACUCCUGGCUCUCAACUGCCUUCGACAACCAAUAUGGUCAGGGCAACUUUGAGCUCGUUAAGCUGGCAGAUAUGACCUCCGAGGAGGACCUGAAAGAAGUCGUCAAGGGUGUCUCUGUGGUUGCUCACACUGCUUCCAUCAUGUCUCUUAACCCCGAUCCUAACAAGGUCAUUCCUGACGCCAUUGCCGGUGCUCUCACCGCGCUCAAGGUUGCCUACGGCGAAUCAAGCGUCAAGCGCUUUGUCCUCACCUCGUCAUCAAGCGCCGCCACCAUCUCCAUGCCUGGAAAGCCUCAUACUCUUGUGAACGAGGAGAGCUGGAGUGAAGGUGCUGUUAAGAUUGCGUGGUCAGACCCUCCUUACACAAUGGCGAGAGCCGGUGCUGUUUACGCUGCGAGCAAGGUUCAGUCUGAGCAGGCCAUUUGGAAGUACCACAAGGAACACCAGAGCGAGAGACCUGAUCUGGUUGUCAACACUGUCCUGCCCAACUACAACUGGGGUAAGACGAUUGACGCGGCUAACCAAGGCUACCCCAGCAGCUCUGGUCUGCCCGUUAUGCUUUACAAGAACAAGGUAGCCACUAUGCAUCGCCGAACCGCGCCCCAAUACUUCAUCGAUGUCGACGACACUGGAAGACUACAUGUUGCCGCUGCCAUCUUCGACCAUGUCAAGGAUCAACGCAUCUUUGGCUUUGCCGGUCGCUUCAACUGGAACCAAGUUCUCGAUAUUCUCCGAAAGCACUACCCUGAGAAGACAUUCCCCGAGAACUUCGCAGAUGGAGAGGACGCCAAUGAGAUUGAGCCCAGAGACAAGGCUGAGCAGCUGCUGAAGGACCUUGGUCGACCUGGCUGGACUAGCUUGGAGGACGCUAUCAUUGCUAAUGUGGAGGACUUGGAUAAAGCUGGAGAUGACGUCUGGUACAAGGACUUUGCUGAGCUUGAGUCGCUGGCUAAAGCUGCUUGA